AUGACUCCCCAAGUACCCCAGCUUUCUGUGAAGUCUAGUGGGUUCACAACAUUGCAAGAAGGGGGUGCUCACCCUGAUUGUGAUAUUGUGUUCAUCCAUGGGCUUAACGGAAAGCCCGAUAAAUCCUGGACGUAUUCUGCCCACGCAAGCGAGAAGAAGAAAGAACGAUCAAUACGACGUCAAGCUAGUAAACUGUUCGGAAAGGACAAAACAAAUAUUCAAGUGUCGGUCUCGGAAAUCAAAGAAAAUUCAGAUGUCUUCUGGCCUAGGGAUCUCUUAUCCCAAGAAGACUGUUGCAAGACAGCUCGCAUCAUGACGUAUGGUUAUGACUCUGAUGUUCUCAAACUAGUCGAGAAUGCGAACUUUUCAACAAUAACGACUAAUGGCGAAUCACUCCUGAACGGGCUGGCAAGAAUCCGUGAGGAUUCUCCAAGACGUCCCCUGAUGCUCAUUGCCCACUCUCUGGGGGGAUUGGUAGUUAAAUCAGCUCUGAACCAAUCCGCCAUUGAGAACUCGCAAGAUCUCAGAGCAGUCGCUGAAUCUACUUUUGCCAUCAUCUUCUUUGGUACACCUCAUCGGGGCAGCGGGUAUGCCGAAAUUGGAAACUCGGUUGCCAAGGCGGCUUCAAUGUUGGCAAUGCGACGAUACAACGAUCGUAUCCUCACGAAUUUGGCCCGUAAUACCGAGAUUCUAAGCCAGUUACGAAAAACGUUCAGUACACAUACCAUAGUCCUCAUGAAACAAACGAGCUCUUUUGAAGCAAGCAGCUUUCAAGAGAAUCGAGGCUUCUCGUCUGCGCCGAAUUUCCGUGGCAAGGCAAGUUCCAUUCCUUGGGGUAUUAACGAACUCGUCCUAGCAUCAAGGGGAACUGCUUUAAGGCCAGUCGUUGACGAUGAUUCGUCUGAAUUAGGAGACGGAAAUAGAAAUGAUCAUAUUGAUAAGAAUCAUAUGGAAAUGGUAACUAAUUUCGACGGACCUUACACGAGGCCUAAUUUUAUGGGCGCUGACGUUGAGACCUUUUUCCAGAUUAGGUUCCCAGGACGAGAUGAUCCGGAAUACGAAAAGGUCAUUGGAGAGAUCAAACGACACUUAGAUCGAAUCCGUCGAGUAGUAGACAAACAGCAUAAAAAUUUAUGCAAGAGUUUGGAGCUCACAGGAAAGAAUUCAUGGGAGCAUUGGAACCAGAUCAAAUCAAAAACCCCAGGCACACUUCGUUGGCUCUAUCAUGUCCACGCAAACACGAGUGAGAAAAGAAAAUCGAGAAAAGAACGGGGAAUCAGUCUUCAGACUUGGUUGGCUGAAGAGACUGGAAUCUUCUGGAUAACCGGCGGAUCGGGACCAGGGAGAUCAACAGCAAUGAAAUAUUUGUCUAGUGACAACAAGACGAUCAGAUAUUUGCAGAGCGAUGCGAAACUAAAUUAUAGUAAUGGCCAAUCAUCAGGGCAUGCGUCGCCUGCUACCGUCUCCGAAUAUAUUACGGGUGGUCCCGAUAACUCCGGAAUCGCAAAGCCUAGGUAUAAAGAUUGGUGCAUUGUUAAACUCUUUGUCACUAGCAAAGGCACCGGAGAUCAAGACAAAUGGUCGACAAUGUUACAGGGCAUACUUUGGCAGCUUGUCAAUAGUCGACCCGAACUGUCCAAGCUUGUCAUGAACCUAGCGAGAGAGAACAACGUCUUAGUUCACGAAAGCGCGCAAAGUACGGCUAGAAACGCAUUACGGGAAACAUACAAAUGGAGCCCGGACAUUGUUGAACAGGCCAUUGAAGUCUGUAAAGCCCAAACACAUUACCCCCUGAGGGUCCUUGUUAUGCUAGACGCUCUGGACGAGAUACAGAAUGAGGAAGAUAUUCGGCAAUGUGUCACCUUCCUCAAGCGCCUCUCGGAGUUAUCUCCUAGUUCCCGGAAUAUCUUCAAAGUGUGUAUAUCUAGUCGCUCCGGGCAGCGAUUCCUCAAUCUUUUAGCUGGAACAUGGCGAAUCAAUAUGGACGACCAUUCCAUUCGCGACAUCCCUCGAAAGCUUCUUUCCCCAUUUCACUAG